AUGCUCUCCUUCCAGUUCCUGUCCAGGGCCAGUGCUGCCAUCCUGAUUCUCCUUCUCUAUCUGCAUCUGGGAACCAACAAUGCUCAGAAUAAUCAAGAUACAAUAGAAAUGGAGUUCAGUUUCCCUGAAACAGUGGACGCAGGAGAGGAGGUGACUGCAAAAUUAAAUUUGAAAACACAACUGAAAGAAUGCAUGGUGGUUAAAACUCGACUAAACAACCCUUAUCCUAUGGACACUUCUUUUACCCUCAGACAGACUGUCUGCCUUUGCAACGAUUACCCAAGAAACUUAUAUUGGGACUUCAUUGCUGAACGCACCAUGUAUAUAGAGGCUCACGCUGACGCUGUUGCUGAAGUUGGCAUCUGCCCUGAAAAUAAGGCAGUGGUGCCCAUUGUGGGACAACAUAAUGUUGUGUUUAAAAAAUUAACUGUAAUUGAUGAUGAGCAGUCUUGCUCUAUGCCUUCCAGUGGGUUGUCUUCUACGGCUACUUGA